GGGGUUUUUUGUGUGUCAGGAGUGUAUGUGUGUGUGUUUUCUUAGCUCACGCAGGUCGGUAAUUGUUACUCGUUGCUCUCCUUGAAGCAGGAGCUGCUCGUUGGCUGACAGUAGUUAUGCAACUUCUCCUUCAGCAAGUUAUUUUUAGGUCUUUAAUGUGAAAGCGUUUUCCCUGUCUGAGGCCGCCCUGACCAUUGUCCAGAUGCUGUACUAGCUGGGGUUGUACACCAUCCUCAGACACAGAGGCCUGAGAGGUCCUGACCUCCGGACCCCCCCGGGGCCACAGCCUCUGUGUAAAGUGAAUGUUGAUAUUUCUUGUCUGAAUGUGAAAGAGCUCAGUUACACUAGCUCGAGGUGCAAAGCAACCACAAAGGGACACAAAAUUGACCACAAAGAUACUCAAAAGAACUACAAAGAAACACCGAAUGACCACAGAGAGAUGAAAUGACCUUAAACAGACAGGGAAGGAUAAAAUGGGGAAGCAGGGUGACCAAAGAGAUACAAAAAACUAUUAAAAGGAGAAACAAAUUAAUCACACUGGUGCAAAAUGAACAAAAUGAGGAACAAAAUGGAAACAAUAGAAAAAAUUAAAAAAGACAAGAAAUUGCAUUGUCUGCAUUUAUUAUAUACCCAGGGGCCCAUUUUCUCAUUGUCCAUCCAUGUGCACCAGACACACACAUACACACACAAGGACACACCACAGUUUCCUACUCUCUUAUAGUCUUGUCCUCCCUUGAGCUUCAGAUGGCUUACCAGGUCCCUUAAUCUGUCUUCUGAGUGACAUCACCCUCUCUGUGCACAGCGGGGGACAGGGAGGGAGGGACAACGAGAGGUGGUGGCCACCGGUGGUUUAUGGGAAGGUGAAUUAUCCCAGCAGUGAGCACGGAGGAGUACCCGGACACACUCCGUCAGGGUCAUGGCAGCAGGCGCAGCAGAGGGGGACGCACUCAUGGAGGAGCUGGUGGACCAGGGUCUGGGGAUGGAGGAGACUGGCCACGACCUGCUGAGGAGGCCCUCACUGAAGGAGAGCUACAACAGCGACUCACUGCUGGCUCCGGACACCGACUUCAUGACAGAUGACCGCAGCUCAGCAGCCAGUGGCCUGGAUGUGGCCGACCGGCUGACCUACCUGGAGCACAGGAUGCAGAUGCAGGAAGAUGAAAUCCAGCUGUUGAAGAUGGCUCUGGCUGACGUCCUCAAGAGGCUCAACAUCUCCGAGGAGCACCAGGCCGCUGGGACCACUGCUGGCAGGAGAGCACCUGGUGCCAAAGCCCGGCCAGUGUCUCUGGCUCUGCCCUCCAGGCCGCCCAUGGUGACACCGAGUUCUGCCUCCCUGAAGAAGAGCUCCACGCUGCCCUCCAGCGCCACAGCCAGGAACUACAGCCCGACGCCUCCCCGCAGUGGUGUGAGCAGUGCAGCAGGCAGUGUGAAGGACAGCCCGUGUAAGACUGCCAAAUCACGGCCCACCUCUGCAGCCUCAACACAUAGGAAGGCCCAGGAAGGGAGCAAGUCCGAGGAGGCUGCAGUAAGUGUAGGGACAAGACGUGUCACACACUGCAAAGUGACUAUGCAGAUCUAUCUGAGCCCCCACACAAGAAAGACUGGGUCUUCUGAGAGUGGCAAGUCUGCGCCUGCGGUGCCUGCCAACGGCGGACCCGCUGCCGCGGCCUCCAGCAACCCUCGGGCGAGGGGGGGCGGCAAGCUGGAGACGAGGAGGUCCACCCCGUCCUUGACCUUGAACCUGCAGAAAACCACAAGCAGCCAGCACACGCAGCACGACACGUCCAGCUACAAGAGCCCCAUCAAGUCACCCAGCCAGUACUUUCAGAUUUGUUACUGAGACAAGCGGAUAAGAGAUAGAUUCGCUACAACUCUGCCCUAAACUAAUUAUUAACUCAAAGCUUCAGUCAGCCACUGGAGCAGAAACUGCAAGUAAAGACUUUCUUCCACUGUAGUCUUCCUGACUUUGUUGCAUUUGGGUUCGUGCAACACAAGCACUUACAGCAUUUCACAACAUUUCCAUAGUCAGUCCAGUGUUUUAUGGCAUUAAUCAAUAUAUAUAUGAAUAUUUAUCUUAACGAUAGUGUGAACGCUUUCAUGCUUUUAACGACGACAGCGUAGAAGUAUUGAUCCACUUCUCACACGCUAGUACCUGCAUCCUGUUUUUUAGUGAAAGCCCAUGUUAACUGUUAAUGUGCUCAAGCUUUGUCAAGUCGUCACUCCCCCCCCGUAGGGAUGUGUGUCUGUAGUCGUCUCUGAGCACCGACUGUGUGGUGUGUAUAGAGGGGAACUGCGUUUGAUGUCGGAGUGUGUGUGCUUCUCAGUCCGUCUCCCUGCCUGUUUGCUGUGAUGUUUCCAGUUUUGUAGUCCAUGUUCCAGGUUAGCUAAUACUCAGCCAAAAAGGCUCCUAGUUCAGGAAAAAAACUAAAACAAUAAACAGCUGUGUUCUGAUCACAAGUGGGGACGCCUCUUCUUCACUGUGUCUACACUAUAAGUGUGUGUGUACAGUAUGUGAAGGGUUUGGGUUGUAACUGGUGCCUGUUAAACUGAAGAAAGCAUCUUGACUAAUUGUAAAAUCCUGGCAUAACAGCCCCUCGUCAUCUUCGUCUGAUGAUGAAGCACUUCUCUUGACAAUGGGAACGGUCUUUCGAAAAAGUGUCUGCAGGGCACAAAUGGACAAUAAACGCUUUGAUGAGCGGGAAACUGCUGAAAAUCACACCGUGUGCCAUGACCUUUUCAGCUGGAGAAACAGUCCAAUGAAGACAUGGCAAAUACUGGAGCUGUUCAUUUUCCACUCUAACUCCGUGAGUAAUACUUCACAAGUGGAUAUUUAGAGGAAAUAAAGCUCAGGUCAACAGCUGACUUUAUGUUAAGGUGCAUCAAAUUAUUGUUGCGGCUUCUUGUGGUUCCUCAGCACUACUGCCGCAGGUUCUGGUGUUGGUGCAGUGAUACACAUUUCGAACUCACAGCAGGUGAAAAGCCAUAAAAAACUGACCAUUCAGGAACAGUUUCAGCCUUGUUUGGAGAUAUUAUAGCAGUCAUAUCUAUCACCGUGACCUUUCAUAAACCUGUGUGAGGCGUGAGAAAGUGAGUGAGCGUUGUGUGCACGUCUUCAGCGCCCUCCUGUGGAGAUAAAUAUAUAGACCCAAAGCUU